UUUUUUGACAUUUGCGAAAGAUCAACAACAAUCAUGGCGGCGUUGGUUCGCACUAGACUUGGAUUUCUCAAAAAUACGAUUUUAUCGACUUCUAUACGUUCACUUUCGACUACGACACCACUAAAUAUUAAAGAAAUACGGGAGCAUAAAGAAGGUACAACUCUAGUAGUAGAGGCUGUGACGCUGCCAUCUCCACGCCAGGAUCUACUAGUUCGAGCGGAGAAAUUCAAUUUACCCACAUCAUACUGUGACGAUGAUAGUUCAGGAAAGAAGCCAUGCUAUAUGUGUGCUCUUGGAUUGGACGUGAAACACACUGAUGUCCUAAUAUUGAGCCAGUUUGUAAGAUCUGAUGGAUGUAUGCUUCCACGGAGGAUCACUCAAUUGUGUAGCCGUCAGCAGAAGAAAAUAGGCAAAAUGGUUUCAAUGGCUCAAAAAGCAGGUUUGAUGAUAAAUCUGACUCCUGCAGGGUGCAAGAAGGACCCCAGAAAGAGAAGAGAUCACAAAAAGUUCAACACAUACUAUGAUGAGAAAACUAUAUUCAUGAAACGGAUACCUGAUCAGAAUGACAAAUGGAAGCGAUAGACAAAUUGUAAAUUAAUGUAAAUAUUUUGGUUGGAAUAA